AUGCUCUUCUACUUGGUCUGCCUCGCUCUUCUACCCGCAAUCGGACUUGGUGCUCGGCAAGUCCCUUUGACCGACUCGACAUCUUCUCCAUUCACAGCAAGCUUCGAUAAGCUGGUUAGCGAGAAUUUGGACCGUUGGCAUACUCCAGGACUAGCCAUGGCUGUCAUACAGGGCGAUGACACUUUCAGCAAAGGCUACGGCAUUGCAACAUUCCCAGACAAGCCUAUCACGCCAGAAACCCUCUUCUAUACCGCCUCUACUACAAAGUCUUUCACUGCAGCCGCCGUCUCCCUACUCAUUGACGACUCCGUCAACACCAGCGAAAGCCUGUUUUGGCAGGUACCACUCGAAAAGGUGGUGCGCGAGGACUUCGUACUACCCGACGAUUAUGCCACCUCUCACGUCACGAUCGAAGACGCUCUCUCCCACCGCACUGGGAUGCCCCGCCAUGAUCUAAGCUACGGCGGACUUAACGUCACAGUGCGGGACGUCGUUCGGAAUCUUCGCCAGUUACCGAUGACUGCAGAAAUUCGGACGAGGUUCCAGUAUUGCAAUAUGAUGUAUAUCGCAAUCUCACAUUUCAUUGAGACAUGGACUGGCAUGUGGCUUGGCGAUUUCCUCAGAACACGAAUCUAUGAGCCAUUGCGCAUGUCCAGCACUUUCUUCUCACUUUCAGACGCCCAAAAAUCGGCAGCUUCUGGUGGACCGUCCCUAGCCACUCCACACUACUGGACCAACAAGACCAAAAUCUAUCACAGUAUCCCUUGGCUCGAUGCCCCACAGGAGUCUGGAUGCGGCGCAACCAUUUCCAACGUACUCGACUACACCAAGUGGAUACGCUGCAUGAUGACGAUGUCCGCUCCGCUAUCACCGGCUGGACAUCGCGCCCUUCGCUCGCCUCGGAUCAUCAGCGGUCCAGUAGCAGAGGAACCGACUGGCUUUAGAGGGUCCGAAGCUUACGCCUUAGGUUGGGAUGUCAGCAACUACCGUGGUGAAGUGUUGAUGUGGCAUACAGGAGGCUUACCGGGCUUCAGCAGCGUAAUGAUGUACUUCCCACGCCUACAAUGGGGUGUUACGAUGAUGGCCAAUGGCGGAACGGGCGGUGCGAUUCAGAACUUGGUCUUCAAGUUGAUCGACGAUAUGUUGGAAAUUCCGGAGCGAGAAAGAUUUGAUUGGGCCCCCUUGUUGGAACUCAAUGAGUCACUUGAGUUGGAAACAUUGAAGAACGCGAAAAACCUCUUGUUUCCGAGUGCGCCUAAAGGCAAAGACUCCAUACCUCUCUCUUUACCUCUACAUUCCUACGCAGGCACCUACAUAAACGAAGGCUAUCCCGCCCUCACCCUCACCAUCAACGGCACCAACCCCUCCCACAGAGCCUCUCAACCCCAAGAAACCCUCCAUUGCUUGAUCCAAUAUGAACAAUACCCAAUCUCCAUGUCUUUCCAGCACGUCAGCGGCGAGUACUUCGCGAUCUACAUCCGCUCUUUCAGCACUGAGACACGAAUCGAGCCAGGCGAUCACGAAAUUACGACCGAUGGCCUCUCCAAAGCCGAAUUCCGACUUGGCGAAGACGGCCAAGUGAAUGAAUUGGGGGUAUUGCUGGAAGCGGAGAUGGGGGAGGCGAAGAUUUGGUUCAAGAAAGCAGGAAUCGAGAACAGUGAUGGGUAUGAAAUGUAUUUCAAAGCCGGUUCAUCCGCGGUCAGGACGGAGAACAACCUGGGCGCGAGCGGCGCUGGAGGGCAGAUGAAGCUGUUUUCGAGGUCUGGGAAGGGUUUGGCGCCUCUUUUUGCGAAACACGCUUGA